AACCCACCGGCAGUGUAGGUAGUAGAGCGCAGAUUCCGUGGUUUUUGUGUGGAACUAUAUUGGGAAGCAGUUACUUUUUUUAUUUUUACACCGGGAGAAGUGUUUACGUGGCAGGGAAAUAGCAGUCGGUGUGACUGGCCUGCAACGGAAGUCGGUAGUGGACAUGGCAGCGGCUGCUCACCCGGAGAUGGCAUCUGAUGUCUCGCCUCUGUCUUCAGGAAAUCCUGGCUCAAGCUCACAGACCGGAGGAUCCAUGGUGCAGAGAGCCAAUAAAAGGCGCUCAGGAUUGGAUUUUGAUGAUGAUGAUGAUGAUGAUUCAAACAGUAAAUUUCUCAGGUGUGAUGAUGAUCAGCUCCCAAAUGACAAGGAGAGAUUUGCAAGGGAGAAUCAUAGUGAGAUAGAGCGCCGCAGGAGGAACAAAAUGACUGCAUACAUCACAGAGCUUUCGGACAUGGUACCAACAUGCAGUGCCUUGGCUCGCAAACCAGACAAACUUACCAUACUGCGCAUGGCAGUUUCACAUAUGAAAUCUCUUCGGGGUACUGGAAACACACCCACUGAUGGCACAUACAAACCAUCUUUCCUCACAGAUCAGGAGCUGAAGCAUUUAAUUUUAGAGGCUGCAGAUGGCUUUUUGUUUGUAGUAUCCUGUGAAACUGGCAGAAUUGUGUACGUAUCUGACUCAGUGACACCAGUUCUUAACCAGCCACAGUCGGAAUGGUUUGGCAGCACCCUGUAUGACCAGGUGCACAGGGAUGAUGUUGAGAAAUUAAGAGAGCAGCUCUCAACAGCUGAAAAUGCCAUGACAGGUCGGAUUCUGGACCUAAAAACUGGGACAGUGAAAAAAGAAGGGCAACAGUCCUCUAUGAGAAUGUGCAUGGGUUCUCGCAGAUCAUUCAUUUGUAGAAUGAGGUGUGGAAAUACAGUUGUGGAUCCCUCUUCAAUGAACAGGCUGAGCUUCCUGAGGAAUCGAUGCAGGAAUGGUUUGGGUCCAUCAAAGGAUGGUGAGCCACAGUUUGUGGUUGUACACUGCACUGGAUACAUCAAAGCUUGGCCGCCUGCAGGUGUCACUUUACCAGACGAUGAUCCUGAUGCAGGACAAAGUAACAAAUUCUGCUUAGUAGCAAUAGGGAGGCUACAGGUCACAAGCUCCCCUAAUUGCACAGAUAUGAACAAUAUCUGCCAGCCUAUAGAAUUUAUUUCCAGGCAUAAUGUUGAUGGCAUGUUCACUUUUGUUGACCACCGUUGUGCAGCCACUGUGGGUUACCAGCCUCAGGAACUCUUAGGGAAGGACAUUGUUGAGUUUGCUCACCCUGAGGACCAACAGCUUCUUCGUGACAGCUUUCAGCAAGUUGUUAAGUUAAAAGGGCAAGUCCUGUCUGUCAUGUUUAGAUUCCGGGCUAAAAACCGAGAGUGGCUUUUCAUGAGAACCAGCUCCUUCACUUUCCAGAAUCCGUACUCAGAUGAGAUUGAAUACAUCAUUUGCACCAACACCAAUGUCAAGAAUUCCAACCAGGAAUCCAGGCCAGCACUUCCCAAUUCCAUGCAGAGGCCCCCACUGGGCCAGAGUGUUACCCUUCCCCUGGAAAUGGGCCCAGGCACGCUGGCAGCUAGGCAACAGCAACCUCCGCAAGCUGAACUGGAUGUUGUCCCUAGUAGAGAUAGUUUGGGAACAUACAGUCAUGCUCAGGUCCCAGUUCAGCCUGUAACUGCAGCUAUCCCUGAACACAGUAAGCCUUUGGAAAAAGCGGACCCUCUCUAUGGACAGGAACGGGACUCCAGAUUUGCAGAUAUGUUUAGCAGUAUAAACACAGAUCAAAACAAAGCACUUAAUUCCAGCAAUAUCACGGGCAACCCACAAAUCUUCCCACAAGCCAAUACUUUUACACCUGCCCCACGCCCAGUGGACAGUUUCAGGAGUGGUGGUAUGGUUCCUCCAGCGAAUAUCAUCCAGCAGCCUGUGUCAGCCGGACAGAUCUUGGCCCAGAUAUCCCGGCAUUCCAGUCCCACACAGGUGACUGGCACCAACUGGAGUUCUGGCACCAGGCCCUCCUUUACAGCACAGGUUCCACCCCAAGCAGCAAAGACUCAAUCUCCUUCAUUUGUUAUGGGCAAUUUCCAAACAACAUCAGCCAAUUUUAGCCAAUUAUCCUCACAGAGUUCAACAUCGUCUCCUGCAGCAACUGCUUACCCAAGCCUCCCCAGCCGGACUGCCAGCUUUGUCACAGACGUGGGACAACCUCGAGGGCAGUUUCAAACACGGACGGCAGAUGCAGUAGGUGUGUGGCCGCAAUGGCAAGGUCAGCACCAUGGUCAGGGCUCUGCAGAGCCUCAUGUCCAGCAACAGGCAAACCAGUCAGAAGUCUUCCCAGAUAUGCUUUCUAUGCUGGGAGAUCAAGCCACAAGCUUCAACAAUGAGGAGUUUUCCGAGCUCAACAUGUUUCCGUCCUUUGCAGAGUAAACCAGUGCUAACAGCACGUUUGAUCUGGAUGUCUGUAGAAGAGCUGCCUGGCUCAUGAUCACAAAGACUGCUUAUUUCUUUAGAUCUAAAAGAUCUAGAGAGGCUAGAAUGCCACUUUUUUUUAGAGGCAGAAAAAUGAGAAGGAAUAUAAAUAUAAGGAUUAUCACAGGGAAAUCACAGGACUGCCUUUUUAAAGACUGUGGAGUGGUGAAGCAAUCCUGCUCUUCAACCUCACCAGCUUUAUACUUGCAUUGUAUUACAAACUUAUUUUUAUAAAUCAUCCAGAUAUUUUAAAGCUGGUGUCUACUCAUCAAUGUUGUGACUAAGGCACACUGAAACAUUUCACUUUUUUCUAUCUUCCAAAAAAAUUAAAAUACGACCCUAAAAUAGGAAAAUACAGGAUCGAUAUUUCAGGGAUAUAUUUGCGUAAGAUAAUCGAAAACAAAGAUGGUGCCUUUGGAAUGUCUGGAUUUUUUUUUUUUUUACAAAUGACUGUGUUUUUCCCAAAGAAAUGAACAUGCACAGUUUUAUGUGACAGCUUGGCAAUAUCUACAUUAUUGAACAGACGCUGGAAGAAAUGCACCUAGGAUACGCUGUUUUUAAAAAAGGGGCACUUUUAAAUUUGUGAACUUUUAACAUUAACUAGGACACCAUAUUCAAAUUAUUGUAUUCUUAUUAAAAUAGAGAUAUUAGGUGAUUAGAAUAUAUUAUUCUGCAUAAUACAAUUAAGAAUAUAAAUUAAUAAAAUGACAUACGAUGUAAUAUUUGGUAACCAUUCACAUCCCAGAGUUCUUAAUAUAUACCACCAUUUACUAAUAAGUCUUUUCCAAUUAGCACCUUAUAAUAGGUCAGUAGUGUACCUGCAAAAGGAAUAUUAGCCUUAAAAUUGGCACUACCACUAGUAAUUGGGUAUACUGAGAAAUCCAGUUGUUUUCUGAAUGCAUUUCCUAUCCAUUCAUACAGAAGACUGAGUUUUAUGUCUUGUGGAAAAAGUCACUUUUGUUUACUUGGUGUGUAAAUCAAAAGAUAGUUUUAUUUAAAAAAAUGCAAUGCAAUAUUAAUGCCCUGAACAGGAAAAUUUGCUUUCAAAACUAUUACAAUAUUGCACAUAUCACUUCUAUUAGUAAGAUAUAAGUAGAGGCUAUUAAGCGGUAGUGUGCUUUUGCUAGAACUGUUGUCCACAUCCUCUAGAUGAUGUAUAGUUGUCCAUAUAGCACUUAUAUAAGUUUGACAUUCUCUUGACUUGGUUUGUGCCCUUUAAAUCUGUAGUGUGUCAAAUGUUGUAUUGUGUACAAAUUUAUAUUCACCACAGCAGCAGUUGCUGCCCCCAAUACUCAGGAUUGCAGGCUGAUAAGUCUGGAGUGCCAAACUUGGUUUCCAUAUGUGAAAUGAACAGGGUUUCCCUUUAUGCAUUCAAUGUCACUAUCGCACAAUUUAAGAAUAAGUUGUCAUAAAUAGUUGAUAUCUCAAUUAUCUUUUUUUAACUUAAUAAAUAUGUUAAGGGUUUUUAGCUAUACUACAUAGAUUUAAAUUCUAUAAUACCUUUUAAACCCUUGUUAUAAUUCAAGUGUAAGAAUCUAUACAUGAGCCUAGGCUGGUGAUUUUUAAAAUGUCUGAGCCAUUAAAUGCUUUUGCAGUUUUGUCACAAUUUAUAUCCCAAAAUGUGCUUUUGGUAUUAGAGAACUGUAGUUUCUCUUCUUGAUUUAAAAAUCUACAAUUUUAAAUAGAAUUAAUGCCUUAACCGUAAAUGUUCAUAAAGGAACUGAAAACAGGAAUAUUGGAAAAUAUCAAUUCUUGGUAUGACUUAGCUUUUUGUAUUUUAUUGAUAAGAAGCCUGCAACUAAUAAAACACAGGUAGGUAUUGGGUAAGGUCACAAGUCUGCAGGGGUCUAAUAGCUGUGUUUUAAAUGGUUUUUAUUCCAAUUACACCUAUGAACUGAAAUCAGUUUAAGAAAUAGACAUGCCAUAACCUGCCCCUUCAACUGAGUUUUACACCAAUAAAGUGCAAAAUGUUUCUUACACUUUUCAACUACACUGUCCCUUAUAUUUAGGUAACAUCUUCAAUCAUUGAGCGUAUUCGUAUUGCAUAGCUGAUUUGGUAUUGUUUUUUCUUUUUCAAAUAUCAUAUCCCACUAUAAUAUUUGCUACCAAUGCCUUCUUUUUCUCUGCAAAUUUUGUUGGCAGAACAAAUGUAUUUGUAUCUAUUGCUGGUUACUGCAAAGCUGUUUUUUUUGUGCAUAUUGUUAUAUGUGUAUACAUUAUGAAAUAAUAUAAUUUUAUGAGAAUUUUAA